AUGAAGCCACGCCCGAGGGAGGAGAACCCAAAACUUCCUUAAACUCAGAAUUCUGUCCACACCGUGUUCUUUGCGUAUCUUUUCCCACGGAUCCACACAGACACCCACAGGUUCAUCAUGGCAGGAAUCGCGUCCACUUUGGCCAAGAAGCGAGCGCGUGCCGCGGGGUUCGGCACCAACGCGAACGCGAACCCGUACCUGAACCAGAACUACGAGGCGCUCCGGAGCCAGUGUAAGAGCCAGGGCCAGAUGUUCUGUGAUCCUUAUUUCCCAGCUGCGCCGGAGUCUCUGGGCUUUUCGGAGCUCGGACCGAAUUCCUCCAAGACCAGGGGAGUGCAGUGGAAAAGACCCGGAGAAUUGUGCUCCAAUCCAAAGUUUAUCACUGGAGGAGCUACACGGACUGAUAUCUGUCAGGGAGCUCUGGGUGACUGUUGGCUCUUGGCGGCCAUCGCGUCUCUGACGUUGAAUGAAGAUGUGAUGGCCAGGGUGGUCCCCAGCGGCCAGGAUUUUGGUGCUGGCUAUGCUGGAAUUUUUCACUUUCAGUUCUGGCAGUUUGGUGAGUGGGUGGACGUUGUCAUUGACGAUCGCCUACCCAUGAAGGAUGGAAAGCUGCUGUUUGUCCACUCAGAAGAUUGCUCAGAGUUUUGGAGCGCCCUGUUGGAAAAGGCCUACGCUAAGGUGAACGGCUCGUACGAGGCUCUGUCCGGAGGCUCCACCACCGAAGGCUUUGAGGAUUUCACUGGUGGAAUUGCUGAGCAGUACGAGCUGAGAAGUGCACCACCGAACAUGUUCCAGAUCAUCCAGAGAGCACUGGCGGCUGGAUCACUGCUCGGCUGCUCGAUAGACAUCACGAGUGCUGCUGAUUCAGAGGCCAUCACUCGACAGAAACUGGUGAAGGGACACGCCUACUCGCUGACGGGGGCUUUUGAGGUAAAUUACCGUGGUACUCGGGAGAAACUGGUGCGCAUGAGGAACCCGUGGGGUCAGGUGGAGUGGACCGGAGCCUGGAGUGAUGGCUCGUCUGAGUGGAACUCUGUAGAUCCUUCGGAGCGGCCAAAUGCUAAUGCUGAGGAUGGAGAGUUUUGCAUGGCAUUUUCCGAGUUCUUGAGGCAGUACUCACGGGUCGAGAUCUGCACCCUGACCCCAGACGCCAUCAAUAGCGACCAGGUCAAACCGUGGUCCGUGACCAACUUUAACGGGACCUGGAGGAGGGGCUCCACAGCCGGAGGGUGCAGGAAUAAUGCUCAAACGUUCUGGAUGAACCCGCAGUUUGUUAUCAAGUUGAACGAAGAGGAUGAUGACCCGAGUGACAACGAGAUGGCCUGCAGCAUUGUAGUGGGUCUGAUCCAGAAGAACCGGCGCCGUUUAAGAAAAGAGGGACAGGACAUGCACACUAUCGGCUACGCCAUCUACGAGAUGCCUCCACAGUUCCAAGGCCAGACCAACGUGCACCUGGACAGGACCUUUUUCCUGACACACGCGCAGAAAGCUCGCUCUGAGACCUUCAUCAACCUGCGCGAGGUCAGCACGCGGUUCAGGCUGCCUCCUGGCGAAUACCUCGUCGUCCCCUCAACCUUUGAGCCCAACAAGGACGGUGACUUCUGCCUGCGUGUCUUCUCUGAGAAGCAGCAAGAAACACAGCGGUGCGAUGAUCCUGUCGACGCUAAAUUAGUAGAUGAAACCGUGCAUGACGGUGAAGUAGAUGCAAACUUCAGGUCCAUGUUCAUGAAACUGGCAGGAAGUGAUCAGCUGAUUUCUGCUACGGAGCUCAAAACCAUAAUGAACAGAAUCAUUGCAAAACGAACUGACAUUAAGACUGACGGCUUCACCACAGACACAUGUCGCACCUUGGUCCAUCUCGUGGAUGACAGCGGCGAUGGAAGGCUUGGCCUGGGUGAAUUUGCCACAUUGUGGAAGAAAGUGCAGAAAUACCUGCAAAUCUAUAAGGAAAAUGACCUGGAUGGUUCCGGGAAUAUAAGCACAACAGAGUUUCGUAUGGCAUUGACAAAAGCUGGAUUCACUCUGAAUGACACCAUCUACCAGAUUUUGGUGGCCCGCUUCGCUGGUACUGAUCUGACCAUUGAUUUUGAUGACUAUGUGGCCUGCCUUAUGAAGUUGGAGCUGAUGUUCCGAAUGUUCCGAAAGAUGGAUGCACACAACACUGGUUUCUUAGAGGUGGACUUUCAAACGUGGCUGUGUUUAACUAUGAUCUAAAUGUCUCCAGCCUGAGGGCAGCAGACGAUCUAAGAGUCUCCACUUAAGCAGGACUCUUAAGGCAGGCAUCAAUGCAUAAGAACUCAGUUUAAAUUUUUUGGUGUGUGUGUCUACAGUAGAUUUAGUUGGAAAGUUAAAUGUGUUUUAUAAUACUAUAUACCUUGAAAUAGCAUGCUGUUAUGGGAUUUUUAAUUAUGCAUAAAACAUAAAACCAUUGGUUCUCAACACUGGUUCUAGUGCACAUUUUAGUGUUUUUCUGGCUCUAUCACACCCACGUCAAUUAAGGGAAGGCUGUUAAUUACCUGAUUAGUUACAUCAGUUGUGCUGGGAGCUGAUAAACAACUAAAAAGUGCAAUUUCGGCCAAGGGGUUGUCCAGGACCAGGAUUAAGAAGCACAGGCUUAAGCAAAAAAAUACUAUAGAUUGUAUUUUUAAAUAAGAUUAUUUCUGACUGCUUUGUUGUUAUAUAUAUUUUCUCAAUUCUGAAUUCCUUUUUGAUUUUUAUAUCAGGGUAAAAGUUGGGCCAAAUAUUCAUUGAUAUGAUGGUGUUGGAUAAUUUAAAUUCAGUUCUUUUUUUUUUUUUAUUUGGCUAAAGCAUAAGGGAUGGAUUGAGGAAACAUUAGGGCUGGCAAUACUAUAAAGCAAAACAUUAGUCUUUUCUCAAAUACUAUUAUAUGAAAUAUGACGGUUCCUUUUUUCUGUCUUAUUUUACAUUUUUAAAGUACCCCCUGAGGUUUUACGUUUAAUAUACAAGUUCCGGGGAGCAUCAGUUUAUGCCAUUGUUCUGUCAUUUUUUUUCUAUUGUUCCAGAAUUUCCUACCAGUAACAAAAGUGUGUAGUUUUCCAUGCUACUUUUUUAAUAUUGCCUAUCUAAAGUUUUGAAUAGGUGUAUUACAGCAACAAAAUAUUGUACAGUUUUAUCGUAACAUUUCCUGACUAGUAGGACUUUGUUGUUAACGUUAUCUAAAUGUAUUCCCUACCACGUUAACACUGAUAGCACUUUCUGACACGUUGAUUUAACCUAUCCGUCAAUGCACUAGUCAACUGUAAAAAUAACCAUGCAAAUAAAAUAACUUUUAUUUUUAACAUUUUAUAAAUUACAGGUGGAAAUAAUGUUAUGCUUAAUGAUGAUUAUUUGACCACAUUGUCAUUUAUUAAAGACAAAUGUCAGUCUUACCAUGGGAAAAAGUAUGUUGUGAACAAUGAAAAAUAAAUACUUUUAAAUGCUCUAA